AAAAAGUAAAACAAGUUAGCGUGGAGCGCGAAAACCCUAGAAGAGAAAAAGGGUUUUAGAAGCAGCAGAUUUUGGGUAAUAAGCAAAGAAUGGAUAAAGCCAUUAUAGAUCUGGAGGAAGGUACAACAUGUACUGCAUGGAAUUAUUCGGGUCACAGAUUAGCUUCCGGGUCAACUGAUGGCACUUUAUCCCUCUUUGAUUCUACUGACCCUGCUUCUUCUCUUUUCAAUUGCUCUUCUAAAUUCAAGGUGCAUGAAUCUGGCAUUGUAAAAAUUGUUUGGGCUCCGCCAGAAUAUGGAGAUGCAGUUGCAUGCAUUUGUGCUGAUGGAAGUUUGUUGUUGUGGGAGGAGGUAGUUGAAGAUUCAGAGCUGCUUAAUUGGAAGCUGUGCAAAUGCUUUGACAAAAUUUCAUCCCAUGUUCUGGAUGUUCAGUUUGGAAUCUCCCGUACAAGUCUGAAAUUGGUUGCUGCGUAUUCAGAUGGCCAAGUCAAAGUGUUUGAGCUCCUAGAUCCAUUUGAAUUGAAGAAUUGGCAGCUGCAGGCUGAAUUUCAGAAUGUCAUUGAAUCUGUAUCUAAAUUUGGAAAUGUCUCAUGCCAAUCGGCUUCUAUUGCUUGGAAUCCCUUAAAAGGAGAAAUUCAGCAAUCAAGCUUUGUUUUGGGUUUUAAUUCCGAUAAGCCACAACUGAACUCCUCCAAGGUUUGGGAGUUCGAUCAGGAUCAUCAGAGAUGGCUUCCUGUUGCAGAAUUAGCUUUACCUACAGAUAAAGGUGAUCCAGUCUCUGCUGUUGCAUGGGCACCAAAUAUUGGAAGGCCGUACGAGUUAAUAGCAGUUGCUACUACCAAGGAAAUUGCAUUAUGGCAUGUUGGAUCAAAUCCUGACCCAGAUGGAAGGCUCUCGGUAGAGAAGGUUGCAGUGCUCUCUACUCAUGACAGCGAGGUAUGGCAGAUGGAAUGGGACAUGAGCGGGAUGACACUUGCUACUACCGGGAGCGAUGGUGUAGUUCGCUUGUGGCAGUGCAACUUGAACGGGGUUUGGCAUGAACAAGCAGUAUUAGAGCCAACUAGCUAGGCUGCUUAUGUGUAAUUUUCGCAUUCAAGCUUCUACAAGUUUGGAAGAACGCAAUGAAACAGAAGAUUCUGAUGGUUAUCUACGUUACCUAUUUGUCAUCAUGCAUAUCAUUUUGUAAAGCUAAGUGAGUCCGGCUUUGACUGUUUCUGUGGGUGGAUAGCAUUGGAUUUAACUCUUUCAUUGUAAGUGGUUCUUAUAAAGAGAUUGUGGCAAGUGGGAAUAUGGAAACUUCCAAUAUGAUUGUGUCAUCUGACAUAAUGAAACUUGUUUGAGCCCAUUGUUUUAGUAUGUAUGGAGUAUUGGGGAUACAGAUUUUUGGUUUAAUAUGAUUAUCCAUCUCCUAUUUGAGUUG